AUGCCUCCCACCAAACCUCUUAGGAAACAAGACCGUAGAAGACGAGUCCCCCCAACUUCACCACUAGGUUCUACUAACGAUCCUUCCGUUAGUGCUGCACAGGCUAUUUUUCACAAAGAUCCAUCGAAGUUGAUAGAUGUAUCUUCUUCUAACACACCUUCUUCUCGUUUUACAACCCCAGAUUUCUCAAAACUAUAUUCUACUGAUGAUACCACUCUAUUAAGAAGAAAGCCAUCUCUUUCAAUACCUAAUACUACUACCACCACUGUAAGCACUGCCAACUCCAUUGCCAUACCUUAUACCCCUACUACGAAAUCGACUACCUCAUCAUCACCAAACACUGUAAGCACCAUCAUAGGUAGCAAUUCACCACCUUUACCAGACUCUCCAUUGCAGAAUGACUACCCUUCGAAAUUGAAACUAAGAUCUACUUUGAGAACAGAUAAGGAAUUGUACAAGCAUAACAAGAGAAUCAAUAAUUUAGAUCAUCAAAAUUCAUCUUCCAAUUCUAAUUUGAAAAUUUCUCGUUUUAAACUGAAAAGAAAUUUACAAAAAGUAGGUGCUAUUGGCGUCAAGGCCACUAAGAACACUCCUGAAUUAUUAAUUUUCCCAAUGAGAAAUUCUUUUAGUAAUGAUUCGAAUUCCACUCAUCAUAAGCAUGAAUCAUUGCCUUCCUCUGAUUCAGACUCUGAUUAUUAUGAUGACGAUGGAGAUGAUGAAAGAGAUUAUUCUUCUAUGAAUUCAGAUACCUCGAAACGAUUUUAUUCAAAUGAUUCAUCUGAAUCCCUGUCUUCAAUAUCGUCUCCUUAUUCCACCUAUCAUGGAGAUUCUUCAAUAAAUGGCCAAAUAGAUGCCACUAUGAUGAAUGACACUCCAUUUAAUAAUAAAUUUCCGCCUUCAACUAAUAGUAAGAAAUACCAUCACCGAUUAUAUAAACAAAGAAAGAGAGAUCGUAUUAAAAAUAAAAUAGAGAAUUUUAUUCCUUCAAUAGAUUCAGCUUCCAUAUCUAGUGGAGGGAAUACUUCUCCUCAAAUGUUAACAAUAUCUUCUAGAAAACAUCACCAUAGACAUAUAUUAUCUGGAACUUCGAAUAAAUCAAAUGUUAUUACAAAUUCAUUAAAUCAAGUAGCCAAAAAUAGCAAAGCAAGAUUACCCAAGACAAAUGCAAAUGCAAAUGCAAAUCCUAUUCAUCAUCGUGCUCAUCAUAAUCAUCGUAAACAAAUAUUUAAUGAAGAUAAACCAUGGAAAUCUCAUCAAGAUAAUACUUUUUUAACCCCUAUGGAAAGGAAAAGAUACGAAGGUGUAUGGGUAACUAACAGAUACCAAUACCUUACUCUUUUACCUUGGUGGGAGAAUUUAAUCUCGAACAAGAAACCAGUAUUUUCAAUUGAUAAAGCUUUAUCAGAUGAUGAGAAAAAGGGCAGGCCAUUACCACCAAAGAUAAUAAUCGAUAAAGAUGGAUUGAUAAAAAAUAAACCGCAUGAUACAUAUCUUGAUAUUAAUUAUAAUAAUCAUUCCAGUAAGCAUUCCAUAAAAUUACCGGAAGAAGGCUUAAUAUUAAAUUUGGUGGUCAAAGAUAUUUGGCAACGAUCAAAGAUUUCAGAUGACUUAUUAAAACAGAUAUAUCAAAUGGUCGAUACACGUAAAGACGGAACACUAACCCGAAGAUCUUUUAUAGUGGGGAUGUGGCUUGUAGAUCAAUGUUUAUACGGUAGAAAGUUACCUUCAGAAAUUAACCAAAACGUUUGGUUAAGUGCUGAUGGUUAUGGUGUUACAAAUUCUGUUCAUUUGAAAAAAUUAAAACAGCAUGAAAAGAAACUAAUGAAACAAGAGAUGAAACAUAUUAAGCGUGAGAUGAAAAACGUAGAAUUAUAG